UGUGUGUGUAUCUGACUGCUAACAGAGAGAAUACACAGUCCUUUCAAUGUGGAUGUUUGCUCCUCUUAUCUAGUAGAACACGUAAGAGGAUAGAUUUCUGUAAUCUCUUUAUGAAACGCCUGAUAGAUCUGUUCAGAGAGGCAUCAGCUAGCAAUGGCUUACCGUCUGUUUGAAGGCAAGGAGCACGCUGCUUCCUACUGGAAGUACAGGAUCUCUCCAUCAGAUCAUCUGAUACAACAGGUGCUGGACUUCCUGGAAAAACAGAAAGGUCGUCCCUUUGAGCUGGCGGUGGAUGUGGGUUGCGGCUCAGGACAGGGCACUUUGCUGCUGGCCAAACACUUUGCUUCUGUGGUUGGGACAGACGUGAGUCCUGCCCAGCUGGAAGUGGCGUUGCAGCAUGUUAAAGAGCCAAACAUCACAUAUAAACAGUGUGUGGCUGAGGAGCUGCCGUUUGCUGACAGCUCAGUGGACCUGAUGACAGCCAUGUCUGCAUUCCACUGGUUUGACAGGCCACGCUUCCUCCGAGAGGCCCACAGAGUCCUGAAGCCCCGUGGCUGCUUAGCUCUGCUCAACUACACCAUUGACAUGGAGCUCAGCCACCCCGACUGCUGCUCGCACACGCUGAACCGAGUCUGCCAAGAGUUUUACGCAGCCUUACAACCAUACCGCAGUCCUCAUCUGGGUCCCAGCUCCAUUGAGUUAUACCGGGAGGCAUGUGAAUCCCUCCCUUACCCUGACAAGGAGUGGCAAGAGUGUGUGUGGGUGAGAAGGCCCAUGCCUCUGUCCAGCUACAUGGGGUUGGUGGAGUCUUUCUCCAGUUAUCAGGCUCUGCUGAGAGAUGACCCACAGAAGGCCACCAGUCUCUCCCAGGACACCUGUCAAAGGUUGAUGACCAUAAUGAAGGUGACCUCGGCAGAGACAGAGGUGGCGGUGGCUGUGAAGUAUUUCUACCUGCUGGCCUGCAAACCAGAGGAAGCCUGACUCCUGCCAGCACCCACAGGAACCUGAACUCUUGUGUUUUGCCUACAAAUGCCAUUUAUGUAAAACGAAUAGCUCGACAUUUUGGUGCUGGAAAGUUGUACUUGGAGGAUGAUGAGCUGUUUCUUUAACAAAAGAUAUGCAAAGGUAUUGGUUCACUCUCCAAUAUCUUUAUCUCGCAGUCAUCCUCUCUUCAUGGCGCUGACACUGUGCAGAUUCACAGUAUAUGUUUGCAUUAUAUGACUGUGAUUUGUGAUUUGUUGAAGUACACAGGAUUUUAUUGUGUGAUGACUGAAUGUCUUACCCACUGUGGACAAGGUGAACAGGUGCAGUAUUUGCAAGGAUUGUUUUACAAAAUACCACUAGAGGGAAGCAUUUGAUCAAAAGUCAAAGUCUGCAUAUGUUCUUUAUGUGACAUCUAUGUUGCAUGGGAUCAUAUUCACUGACACAUGCAAUAUAAUAUUCACUAUAUGUAGACUGGAUGAUGAUGCCAUACUGUAUAACAUUUUUUUUCAAUGCAAGACUCACACUUUCUAAAAUUAUGCUGCAGAGUCUUUGAAGGGAAGCAUGAUUCCUUUGUGUUGGUGUCAGAGCUGAGACAGCUCUUUCUUCUUCCUGCUCCAAAGACAAGCCGGGCAGAGAAUGUGACCCGUCAUCAUCCUGAGACAUCUCCAGACUUUCUUUUCGGGUUUGAAGCUGAGUUCUUUGAUAGUCAGUCUUAGAUUUCCUUUCUUUGGAUUGUCCUUCUGAUUCCUCUGAUCUUUGUCAUCUUCGCACUUCUAAGGCAACAUUUACACCAGAGGUCACAGUGUUCACCUGUAUCUACUCUUUAUCUCCUGGUUAUAGCUACUUUUUAAAGUGUUUUGUGCUCUUUUAAAGAAGCAAAAGUGAGGUGCAGUAUACAUAAGUCUAACCCGCGAGCACAGACAAAUCCCCAUCAUCAGUGACACUCAGGUUCAGGUUGGUAUAAGCUGAAAAGUCAGCUGCCUGUAGCUCUGUAACCUGGCGGGGGGCCAGUACCACUAACCCCACUCUCUGUUUGCUGGAAGACACCAUACAGUGGAAAACAUGAAGUCACUCUCCAAAUAACUUUCAAUGACCUCCAAUGAUCUCUGUACGAAGAGCAAAUUUGCACUGGAUGACUCAUGCCUCCUAUCGGAUUUAUAUCCACUGAUGACACUGGCCCAAAUCUGAAAUAAGUAUCUGAAAAUAUCAGAUACCAUGUGCUUUUCUUUUCCUGGUUACAUUAUUAUAGAUGUGUACCACAUGAGAAAUAUUUGUAUAAUAACAAUGUACGAAAUGACAUAAAAUGUUAGAACAGUGUGACAAUAAAUAUGAAAAAGGUCGGUUGUAUCACA